AAGCUUCAAUAUCUCUUCUUCUUCUUCUUCUUCUCCUCCAUUUCAACAUCGCUCUCUUAAAACUCACAUCACACAUCUGAUACCUCCUCUAACCCCAAAACAAAAACAAAAAUGGCGUCUCUCGCACCAGGCAUCCUAUUGAAGCUCCUCCAAUCCAUGAACUCCAACACUCGCCCUACCGGAGACCACAGAUCCGCCAUCCUCCAAGUCACCGGAAUCGUACCCGCCCUCGCCGGCUCCGAUCUACGCCCUAACCAAGGCUUCUACGUCCAGAUCUCCGACUCUCUCAACUCCACCUACGUCUGCCUCUCCGAGCGCGACACAGAUCUCAUCCUCACCAACCGCCUCCAGCUCGGCCAGUUCAUCUACCUCGAACGCCUCGAAUUCUCCACUCCUCUCCCACGCGCCGCCGGAAUCCGCCCCGUCGCCGGCCGUCAGCGUCAAGCCUUCGUCGGAGCUCCCGAGCCGCUGAUCGCACGCGGAUCCAAGCGAGAUUUCGUUAUCCAGCCUGUCCCCGCUUCUGACUACUCCCUCGACCCUAUCGCUGUUUACUUAAACAACAAACGACUCAACGACUAUGACGAUGAUGACGUGGCGGAGGCGGUUACGAAACAGAGGCCAGCUGUUUACUUAAACAACAAACGACUCAACGACUAUGACGAUGAUGACGUGGCAGCGGCCGUUACGAAAGAGAGGCCAGCUGUUUACUUAAACAACAAACGACUCAAUGACUAUGACGAUGACGUGGCGGCAGCGGCGGUUACGAAAGAGAGGCCAGCUGUUUACUUAAACAACAAACGACUAGAUAACUAUGACGAUGACGUGGCGGCAGUGGCGGUUACGAAAGAGAGGCCAGCGCUUGCUCCUGUGAACCAAAACCGCAAUGAGAGAACUAAGCAGACUCCGCAGAGAUUCUCCUCACCAGCGUCGGCUAAGCAGCGGCCAGUCUCAGCUGGGAAGAAGAAGAACAGCUCUGUAGAAAGAGAUCCGUCUCCGGCGGUUUCCGCAAAAUGGAGGAGAUCCGCGUCUCCGGUUCCGUCCAAAUGCGUAGUGCCGAGCCUUGCGGCGGCGCGUGAGGAGAAUAGGAAGGUUGCUAGAGAGGCAGCCAUCGUUGUGCCGUCAAGAUACAGGCAACCGUCACCUAACGGAAGGAAGGUGAUGCCAUCUCCUAGUGGAAGGAGACUAUCGAUUUCACCGGGAAGGAGGCUUUCAAGUGGUUUCAAGGAGGCUUCAGGGAAGAAGAAGAUGGCGGCAAUUGCUGCGGGAAUCUCCAAAGUCUCUGAGGCUCUUGUCGGAUCUUCAGCUAAGAAUGGUAACCGAAAGAACUGGGAUGAACCUGAUGGAAGUGUUCAAUCUGAGCACAAGGAGAAGAAGAAGACUGAUCUUCAAGGGAUUUUGCGUACUCAGGCUGCUAUGACGAGACGUCUUAGUGAUGCAAAUAGGCGAAAGAGUGAUGCUUCAGCAUGUGAAGAGAAAGCCAAGUCUUGUUCAUCUGCGAGUAGUUUAGUGGAAGAAGAAGAAGUCUCAGCUUUUGAAGGACUUGGGAUCACUUAUCAUGAUAGGAAAUGGACGGAUGGUAGUGUUCCACUGGAUAGCAUCUCAGGGGACCUCGCUAGACUUGCAAAGGAGGCUUUGCAUAGAAGAAACUUUGCUGCUAAAGCUGCGGCUCGUGCAUUGGAGGAGGCUAAUGCCAAUGAGUGCAUUAUUAGAUGUUUAAGUAAAUUCGCUGAGCUUUCUUCAGCCUCCAAACAGGAGAAUCCAUUGCGAAUCAUCAACAAGUUUUUGACAAUCUAUGGAGAUGUUACGAAAUACAGUCAGAUUGUUUCUGAAGAUAGUUUUCGGUCUUCAUCUGAUCAACGAAGUCCAGUCUCUCUUUGGGUUGAAGCUGCAUUAGCAACUAACCUCGAGGUGGUCUCACUAGUCAAAAGCCAGAACAGCCUAGAAUCACCAUCUUCAGUGAAGAAACAAACGUCUCCUCGCCUCUCUCCCGGACCUUCUACAAAGACAGAUAACAUUGUUGGGAUGUGGACAGACAAAGAUGGCAGGAAGGAGACAGCUAAAUUCGCAGUGAACGUACGAUCUGAGAUGCAAACGUGGUUCAUUGGGUUCGUGGAAGAGUCGUUAGACAACAAAAAUGCGCGGCCUUUAGACGGUAGUUCCAUAGCUGCCGUUCUGUCUCAGCUGAAACAAGUCAACGAGUGGUUGGACCGUGUCGUAUCUGACCAAGAAAACCAGAUCACAACAAUGCAUUUAACGGACAAGAUUGAACGACUGAAACGCAAAAUCUAUGGAUUCGUAAUCCACCACGUCGGUUCUACUUUUGACAACUCUGCUUCUUCUUGAUUCUUUCUUUAAUCUUUCGCUUUUGUCCUCAAGAUAACGUGAGGCUUAAAGAUCAUUGGUUCGUAGAUCAUAUGAUUUUAUCCUUAGAUUAUUUUUGCUUGAAUUGUUUUUUGUU